AUGGCUAAUGCAGAAGUGAGUGUCCCAGUGGGGGAUGUGGUUGUGGUACCCACUGAAGGAAAUGAUGGGGAGAACCCUGAAGACACUAAAACCCAAGUCAUCUUGCAGUUACAGCCUGUGCAACAAGGGAUUUAUGAAGCUGGGUCCGAGAACAACACAGCAGUUGUGGCAGUAGAAACUCACACGAUACACAAAAUUGAAGAAGGGAUUGAUGCAAGCACUAUAGAAGCAAAUGAGGAUAUGGAAAUUGCUUAUCCCAUAACUUGUGGGGAGAGCAAAGCCAUUCUUCUCUGGAAGAAGUUUGUAUGUCCAGGAAUAAAUGUGAAGUGUGUCAAGUUCAAUGAUCAGUUGAUCAGCCCCAAACAUUUUGUUCAUCUGGCUGGCAAAUCCACCCUAAAGGACUGGAAGAGAGCUAUUCGUCUGGGUGGAAUCAUGCUCAGGAAAAUGAUGGACUCUGGACAGAUUGAUUUUUACCAACAUGACAAGGUUUGCUCCAAUACCUGCAGAAGCACCAAAUUUGAUCUUCUGAUCAGCAGUGCAAGAGCUCCAGUGCCAGGACAGCAGACAAGUGUGGUGCAGACACCCACUUCGGUCGAUGGUAAUAUCACACAGAUUGCCAUCUCAGAAGAGAGCAUGGAAGAAGCAGGGUUAGAAUGGAACUCAGCUCUCACUGCUGCUGUCACUAUGGCCACAGAAGAGGGAGUGAAGAAAGACUCUGAGGAAAUUUCAGAGGACACUUUGAUGUUCUGGAAAGGAAUAGCUGAUGUAGGGCUGAUGGAAGAGGUUGUAUGCAACAUUCAGAAGGAAAUAGAGGAGCUCCUCAGGGGGCUUCAGCAGCGGCUCAUCCAGGCCCCCUUCCAGGUCACAGAUGCUGCCGUUCUCAACAAUGUGGCACACACAUUUGGCCUAAUGGACACGAUUAAGAAGGUUUUGGACAACAGAAGGAACCAAAUAGAGCAAGGAGAAGAGCAGUUUCUUUAUACUCUGACAGACUUGGAACGCCAGUUGGAAGAGCAGAAGAAACAAGCUCAGGAUCAGAGGCUGAAAUCCCAGACAGUUCAAAAUGUGGUAUUGAUGCCUGUGAGCACUCCUAAGCCUCCAAAAAGGCCUCGACUCCAGCGGCCAGCCUCCACCACCGUCCUGAGCCCAUCUCCUCCUGUCCAGCAGCCUCAGUUCACAGUCAUCUCACCCAUCACCAUCACCCCAGUGGGUCAGUCAUUUUCCAUGGGCAAUCUUCCAGUGGCCACCCUCAGCCAGGGCUCCAGUCCUGUGACUGUCCACACACUGCCUUCUGGCCCUCAGCUCUUCCGCUAUGCCACAGUGGUUUCCUCUGCCAAGAGCAGCUCACCAGACACAGUGACCAUCCACCCUUCAUCUAGCUUGGCGCUGCUAAGCUCUACUGCCAUGCAGGAUGGCAAUACCCUGGGCAACAUGACCACUAUGGUGAGCCCUGUGGAGUUGGUGGCCAUGGAGUCUGGCCUGACCUCAGCAAUCCAGGCUGUUGAAAGCACCUCAGAGGAUGGGCAGACCAUCAUUGAGAUUGACCCAGCCCCAGACCCAGAGGCUGAGGAUACCGAGGGCAAAGCAGUCAUUCUGGAGACAGAACUUAGGACUGAGGAGAAAGUUGUGGCCGAGAUGGAAGAUCAUCAGCAUCAAGUCCACAAUGUGGAGAUUGUGGUCUUGGAGGAUUAA